CUUAAAAAAAAUCCUCUCCACACCUCUUCUUCUUUCUUUGUAGUUCCAAUAAAAUGCCGUUAUCAGAAUUGCUUGUGGUGGAAGAGCUUUUCAAAGAAGCUGUAGUGAAUACCACUCGGAAUCUGAUUGUAUUCAAUGGGGAACUUGAUCGUAUAAGAUCUGGUUGAAGUUCGUACGUACAGUUUAGUAAUCAUUCUUCAGGGACCGUUACCAAUUUAUCUAGAGGUGAUAAUGCACAAGGAGAAAUCCAAAUUUCAGAUGCACUUCAGACUCAGCUUGAAGCACAAAAGAGAUUGCAAGAACAACUUGAGGUUCAACAGAAACUACAGAUGAGAAUGGAAGCUCAAGGAAGAGCACAGUUAACAAACUGCAAUGGUACUUUGUCCAAUUUCUUGGAUAAGAUGAAUAAAGCUAUCAAAUCGAACGUAGUACAGAUGAAUGACGUUUUCAAGAAGGUCAAUAUUGGGUCAGAGUUCCAAAAUUAUAGAAUGGGAGAAGGAGCAGGAAACAAAGAUGAACAUAAUAUUAAGGUUGAAACAGCCGAUUCAAUAAAUUUUGACCUAAACACCAAAGGAAGCUUUGACUUCCUCGCUGGAAAUGCGAACGAGCUCGAACCAAAUUUGCUUUCAUAUAAGAGAUGACAUUCAUAAACAAAUGCUCCUUUUAUUGUUCUACAUAUGUUUACAAAUGAAUUUGUUUAUCAUAUGUUUGUAUGUAGUUAAUACUUGAUCUUUUUAAUGAGAGAUAUUCCUUCAUAGAGAUUUUGAAGGUCCUACUUUAAAAGGUUGGUUCUGAAUUUUGACUAUAUUGACCAUUGUGUUGCACCCAACAUUGAACAAAUGACUUAGUUAAUG